AUGAAUGCUUUUAUGAAAACGCUACCUCAAUAUCGGAUACGGUCGCACCUAAAGAACGCGUUUGACCGUAUCAUUGCUAGCUACAGCGGGGUCUUGAGUUCACAUACAGCUCACAAUGUGCCCGACAACAACACAAACCUCAAUAUUGAGAAUGGACCUACGAGACCAGUGACUCAAGCAACUCAACCUAGUCAAGAGCUAGAAGUCACUCUUAGGCCUCCCGAGAGCGACAGUCUGCCUUCUGUAACAUCUACCCGCUCUACACGUAGCGAAGUCGCGUUGGACGAUACGCAACCAGCCGGAUUCUUCUCGAGUGUUGAGAGAGGUCCACAGGCUUGGCCGAUUUACCAGAGCUUACCUGAGCCCGAGACAACCCAAGUGCCUUCGCCAAAAGCGACAGAUCAUUCAAUAUCAGCAAACCCUGAAAACAAUUCUGAAUUUCCACCAAGUGUUAGAUCUCCAGAUAUGCUGUUCGGCCCUACCCAAAGAGCUCUUCGACCCGAAGCACUACUUGGAUCACUUGAACAGACUGGCCCGCGCGAGGAACCAGCGGAAUUCACACAAAUGACUCCCCAACAGGAAGACUCCACUUACGAGCUUGCAUGGCCACUGGCCUCUUGGGAACUUGCGUCCUACGAUAUACAACUAGAUUGGGGUGCCGGUCUUCCUGAAAAUACACUUCAAAAUUGCACGGAAAACAAUCUCGUCAGUUCGAUGUCGAAUCCUUUCCCGCCAUGUGAUUCACUCGAACCACUUGCUUCGCUGGAGUGGGAUUUAUUCCGUUCGGCAAACGGCUUGAGCUUUGGGGAAAAUUCUGUUCUACACUAG